AAGCCAUGCCCACUUCCCAACACCUGUUCUUCCUCUCCUUUAGAUAUCACCAAGAAAGCACCAUAAAAGGGCGCACAGAAUCAGAAUGGGAUCGCUCAUGAGUUUAAACAAGAAGAUCAGUAAAGAAGAGAUGGAGAUGGCUCUUACCAAGGCCAAGGAGAUUGUUUCUUCUCACCCUGCGGUUGUCUUCAGUAAAACAUAUUGUGGAUAUUGCACUAGAGUGAAAAACCUUCUUAACCAGCUUGGUGCUGCCUACAAACUCAUUGAGCUUGACCAAGAAAAUGAUGGGGAUGCUAUUCAGCAAGCCUUGCUGGAGUGGACUGGUCAGAGGACUGUGCCCAAUGUUUUCAUUGGAGGGAAGCAUGUUGGAGGCUGUGAUAAAACUUUGGAGAAGCACCAACAAGGGCAGCUUGUACCCAUGCUAACCGAGGCUGGCGCCAUUACCACCAAAUCUGCUCAACUCACCAAUGCCAAUGCCAUGUAACUAUGUAGACUCAAGUAAAUCUCUGUAUAAAAUGUUCCUAGAGUUUAAUAAUAUUGGUUGAAGAAGAAGAUGAUGUUGCAACCAAAUGGUCCUUUUGCUUUUCCACAGUAGAUUGGCUUACUGGCCUUGAGUUGGAUUAUUGUGUAAGAUAUAUAAGUACAUGUUUCUGUUAUUUGGCUUCAGUUGUUUGAACUUGUAGUUGCUAUGUUAUGUUGCUCUUCAGAAAUUA